GGGACGGAAAGGUUGGGGCCGGCGCCGGAAAUGGUUCCGAAGCAGAUCCGGAUCGUCGACGUCAGGUGUCCGAUUUCCGACGUGUACGCCGGAUCGGCGUUCUCCAUGUCGCCGUCUCCAAGCUCUCUUCCAUUGCCGUCGUUCUCGAAGAAGAAACAGGUAUCCACCAUCGUUGACGACUCGGCUACCAGAGAUCUGAGGCGUUUGCUUCGGCUCGACGCAUAAGAUCUUCUCCAGACCUUGAAUUUGGAUCUGAAAUCUACCAGAUCUCCUCUCCUCCAUCUCUCUCAUCCCUCAUCUUUCUAACGUCUCUCUCGAUCUGUCCAGAUCUGGACCGCCGUGAUUUUUUUAAACGGUGGUAGAUCUGAAAAUCGAGCUAUCGAGGCAAGGUAAAUCAGAUAUAUAAUUAUCGCAUAAUAUUGUGUAUUUACGAUGAUCCAAGUCUGUUAACGGGGAAGAACCUCCGUGUAAUGUAAGUUUAGCUAUAAAUCUAGGCUGGAAGAAGAAAAUUUGGGUGGGUAAGGGUUUGAUUUCUGCAAAUAUUGGGAUUGGGACAUAGUUUGCGCUUUGAAUGAUUAAUUUUCUGCUCUGUUGUGAAUUUCUUGAGUCAAGGGCUUUGCUAGUUUAUCUUCUGUAUGAUAUUAUGAAGUAAAAAUAUAAUAAGAAAACAAAUCUGAUGAAGAUUUUGUA